AGGCCGCUGCCAUUUUACCAGCAGAAUGUGUUUUCCCUCAUUUCACCCAUUAACAUGCCAACCAAAGAGUGUGACAUCGUCAAAUUUAUGGUGAAGCCAGAUAACUUGGAGGAAUUGAAGGUGUCGAAGCUGCAGGCACACAAGCAGGCGUUUGAAAAAAUGUGGCUCUGUUUUUUGAAGCACAAGCUACCCACUGGCCUUUACAAAAAAGUGCUUGUCAUUAUGCAUGACUCCAUCCUGCCUUACAUGAAUGAGCCCACUCUCAUGAUAGACUUCUUGACAGUGGCCUAUGGCAUAGGUGGAGCCAUCAGUCUUCUAGCCUUGAAUGGGUUAUUUAUUCUUAUACAUCAGCAUAAUCUGGAAUAUCCUAACUUUUACAAAAAGCUGUACAAUCUUUUAGACCCUUCUAUAUAUCACGUGAAGUACCGAGCCCGCUUCUUCCAUCUGACUGACCUCUUCUUGUCUUCAUCGCACCUGCCGGCGUACCUGGUGGCCGCCUUCCUCAAGCGGCUCUGCCGGCUGGCGCUGAGUGCGCCCCCCGAGGCUCUGCUCAUGCUCAUCCCCUUCGUCUGCAACCUCUUCCGGAGGCACCCUGCCUGCAGGGUGCUGCUGCACAGGCCUCACGGCCCCCAGGAUAUGGCAGAAGAUCCAUAUAUUAUGGAGGAGGAAGAGCCAUCUGAAAGCAGGGCUUUGCAGAGCUCUCUCUGGGAGAUUCAGUCUCUACAAAGCCAUUAUCACCCAGAUGUGGCCAAGGCAGCUGCUGUCCUGAACCAGGAACUGUCUGAAAUGGAGGAUGACAUAUCAGGGCUCCUGGAGCUCUCGGCUUAUGAGCUUUUUGAUAAAGAAAUAAAGAAGAAAGCUGUUGAUGUGCCCCUGGAGUUUGAGCAAGUUCGAGGUCUGUUCGGGAAGAAGAAUGAUAUUUUUGCAGAGCACUUCACUUUAGAUUGA